UAUGCAGUCAAGGGAAUGUAUACGACAUCAGGAAUACGUGUGACUAGAUUCGUAGGGUCUUAAACUGGGUCUUAAAACAGUUAAGCAAAACCCACACGCAAGUUUACUUAGCUUCGCAGCUUUAGUUACUUCAAUCAACUAUAUCUACUAAUUGUUUGUUCUAGUUACCAGUUUCAAGGAUGUUGUUUCGUCAAAGACCAACAAAGCACACACAACAUACACGUAUUCCUCCCACAAUUAAAAACUGAGUUUCGUACAAAGCGAUGGCGCCCUGAAUCAAUAAUGGACGCAACAGACGGUAGGAACCGCGCAACAUGUUGUCUUCGUCGGGCGCGAUCGCUCUCGCACGAGGUUAAUCUUGAAUUAAUCAAAUUGUGUUCAGUGGUCGACUAUUACCCAAAAUGUCGCCAAAGAUGCAGCUCUUUAUUUUAACAGGUUGAAACUUGAAAGUAACGAUUAUGGAGCAAACGUUGAACUCAUCCUUACAAAUUAAAAGCCUUGUUGGCAGGUGAAAAUAAUGUAUCUAGUGACUGACAGCCCCAGGGCAGUCCGGUCCCGUCCGGUAGCUGGGAAAAAUGUCCACAAGACGUAAAUUGUGACGUGACGUAAAUACAAAUAACUAUUGUACUAUUGUCUCUUAUCUGGAGUAUUAAUAGAAUUAAUACAGUCCACUGAAAGUUACUGAACUUGUAACACGAUAAAAAAAGAUCGAGAACAAUCGCCUUUGAAAAGCCGUACACAAAAAAAUGUCUCAAUGAUGAUAUAUUUCAUCGAUAUCAUACAAGGCACCCACCCCAACAUGGGCAUUUCGUGAGAGAGAUGGUGUGCGAUUAUGCAGGCUGCCGCGGAUGAAUCGUCUGUAGCGGCUUGCCCUCUCACUCACCAGGUCCAAAUGAUCUGCAAGCUAAAGAACAUUGAGCCGCUGGUAAUGCCAUUCAACAUUCAAAAGAAAUCAAAAGAGUUUCUUGAGGUAAACUCCACAGGCAAGGUACCAGUUCUCGUUCAUCAGGUCAGUGAAGAAGAGGCCCUUGUUCUUGACGAUCCGUUACUUAUCGCCAAGUACCUGGAAGAGCUCUAUCCAAAUCCACCAAUCAGGAGCAAGAGUAAGGAAGCCAUUGUCGCCGGUAGUAAUAUUUUCCAAAAAUUCUGCGCUCUCAUAAAGAACAAAGAUCCGACAAAAGAUGCCUACCUCAAAACAGCGCUGCUGAAGAAAAUGGAGGAGCUGGAAUCGCUUUUACAGAGCACUGAUGGAUUCUUUAUGGAAGGUGACAACUUGAGGCUUUCUGACUGUAGUUUACUCCCCAAGCUCCUGCUCGUUCGCGUGGCUGCUAAGGAGUUGAAAGGCUUCGAGAUUCCCGCGAGGCUCCAAGGGGUCUGGGACUAUAUUCACGCUGGCGAGAAACACGUCGCCUUUCGCGAAACCUGUCCGUCUGAUGACCUCAUCAAAGAACAUUGGUCGAGAAAUUUUGCAGUGCCCAUGUUGGAAGGAUACGAGAGAAAACUGUAGUGCCUCAUCUUGAAUAAGUAGAAAUCAAGAACGGACAGUGUUCUCUGUAAAUAACGUUAAGGUCAGGCGGAGAAAAGCUAGACUAGCGUAAUAUUAAACUUGCUGCAGAAGGAAAGCACAAAACGAAAAACGGAAAAGCUUGAACUGGAAUUUUUUCUUCUCUAUAUGUAUAAACGCUGUGUAGCAGUAAUAGAUUAUGCAAACGUUUGUUUGAAUUUACUGGCUUAGCUCAACCAAACGAUCUCAGUUUGUAUCGUUUACUCGAAGCCACUUGUCUAUGUUAUUCGUCGCUCAAUCUUCUUGUUCAAACCCGGCCCUGACGCGCUAAUUUUUGAACUGCGCCACCUAAGAGAAGCAAAAAAAAA